CGCCAGCAGCAGCAGCAGCAGCACCAGCAGCACCAGCAACAGGCGAGCUCGCCUCUGCAAGUCCACGAUUGCCCGCACUCUGCCCAUCGAAAUCCUGCAGCGGAUCAUGAACCACUUCUCACCAGGAGGAAACCGGCCGUACUCCUCCGAUGUCGUCAUCAAGCCCGAGCAGAAGAAUCUGGUGGCCUGUGCCCUGGUCAACCGCCACUGGAGCUCGCAGGCGAUCCCCAUCAUCUGGACAAUCCCGCAGCUGACGUCCCUGGAAAUGCUCGAAAAGUUCACCAUGAGCUGCCUAUGCAACUACAUGGAGGAGUGCUACGGCAAACGUCGAUCGUCGCUCACCCGCUAUGUGCGCGAGCUCUAUGUAACCUACCACUUUGACACCCACGACCGCCUGACCGUCAAGGAGCAAUGGUCGGGACUGGAAUGCGUGCGAAUGGUCUCCAAGUUCCUUCCCGAGCUGCGGAACGCAUCGGUCGACCUCGGCGAAGGCUGCCUGGGCCCGUUGACGUUGCAGAGCCUGCUUUCGUGGUGCCCCAAGAUCAACCAGCUGAGCAAUGUCAUUGCUGGAGUCGAAACCGUUCUGGCGCCGAUGGCUGUUCCUGGAUACUUUGGCAACCUGAAAAAGCUCAUCACGCUCGAUCUGGGUGGAACCAAGUAUGGGCCGAUGAUGAAAACAGAGACGGGAAGCAUGUUUCUCAAGGCGGUGGCCCACAACGUCGGCGUGAACCUGCGUGGCAUCGACCUUUCCGACUCGCCCCUCACAUCCGAGAUCCUGUACGAGCUGUGCGGCAACUGCCCCAACCUGCAGGUGAUCGACAUCAACUCGGUGGUCGGGCUGUCGCCCGAGUGCCUCGCGAUGGUGCCGCGGAUGUGCCCCAAUCUGGUGGCCUACAUCAUCUUUCCAAAUACCGGCCUGACCACAGAGCACAUCGAGAUGCUGUUCCAAUCGGCGCCGUAUCUGCGCAUGAUCGAUAUCGAAAGCGAUGCCCUGGAUGCCCGACGGGUCUUUGAGGCUAUCAAGAAGUACUCCCCCAAGCUAUCAACGAUCUCGCUCGGCAGCUGCAAGCUGCAAGAGGAGCGCGACAUUAUCGAGCUUAUCCAGGAGCGUGGACCCAAGCUGAUGGACCUGCAGAUGGGCACGCAAACCAUGACCGAGGAGAUCUUUGUGGCGCUGGGGCGGUAUUGCCCAAACCUCUAUAGUCUCGAGCUGCAUGCCGACUUUGUCCCGACCGGCAGCAUUUCCUAUGGCAGCGGCAUCAGCUUCAUGGCCAGUGCAUGCCCGGAUCUCCGGCAUCUGAGCGUGCAGGAUCACGAGGGCAAUGAAGAUCUGUUUCAGCACGUCACCAAGGGCUACCGGAACUGCAACUUUCUCAAUCCGGUGCUCGAUGCCACGUUCCUGGGAUACCCGCGCUUCGAUCAGCCGCCCGUGGGUCUUGUCGGGGACGAGAGCGCCGACAGGAUGGAUCUGGGCUGAUGACUGAUUCUGAUCGAUGGGGGGAGGGUGGCCGACUGGCUGGACAGAGAGAGAUGGCGAUGCUGUGUAUCUACCACACUUUGCACUGUAUUCAGUGGGAAAUAGGUCACUUGCCCACAACUCAUUUGUCAGCGUAGUCUGUGAUGGCAUGCGUCCAACUAUGCCAUAGGAUAUAAAUCAUAUCACUUUGGCAGCCUCCGAGUGAAGACCACCAG